GGAAUGCUUUGCUGGAAAAACCCACUGAUUUUCGCCCGUGUGCAAGAGAACCUUUUGAGAUGUGACGGACCGUCGACGACAGCCAAAAAAAAGGGUUUCUAAUGGCCACCCGCGCAUCCAUCUAUCUGUCCAUCAUCUUCUUCUCCCUAAUCCUGGGCCUGAGACGGACCUGGGCGACUGUUCAGGCACUUCUGGCGCGCACAGCGGUCGGGGGACGCACGGCCGAGUUGCUGCAGCUUUUCUUGGACGACCAGCAGAACUGUUGGAAUUUUCUGUGAUUGGGGACACCCGGAGAGGCUGGGCGAUUUGAGCAGCUGGUCGAACAACGAGGCAGUGGUAAGAAAAAACGGCGACGAGGGAGAAAAGAGCAGCAGGUAGAGAAGGGAAUCAGAAAGAGAAGGUCAGCCGCGGCGCAAGUUCGGGUGGCCGAGACCAAAAAAAAGGUUGCGACCUCGACUCAACGUAUCAAUGGCGUCCAAAUAUCAAGAACACCGCCCCGAGUAAAAAGACGCAGCGCGCACAUUUGGACCAUGCUUUCCUCAACCCCUUCGUCCACGGCUUCGACGCCAGCCACCGCCUCCGCCGUCUCAGCACUGAUCAACCACUCAGCCGCCCAAACCGCCUCGGAGUCUCUGGCCAUCACCAUCCUGCAGAACCUGCAGUACCAGCACGAGUGGACGGAUCUGAAACUCCACCUCGUGUGCCCCGGCCACAGCUCCCCUCCUGCCCCAAACGCCACGGCGGGUCUGAUUGACCUGGACGGCCUCAAGUUCGUGCAUUCGAAUCCUUCGUCGAGGUCGACCUCACCGUCGAGGUCCGGGUCAUCCACGCCCACGGGGAGCGGGAACUCGUCGUCAUCACAACCGUCCACACCCCCGGCGAGCGCUCCGGGCGGAACAGUGCCCGUCAUAUCCGGCGUUCCUCCCAAGCACGCCUAUCUGCAUCCGGACCUGCAGACGUACCUGAUCAAGCACGACAUCCAGGACUCGGAAAUCCCGGUGCAAAGGGAGUUCGUGCUGCCCUUGGCCCUGGGCGAGAAAUGGAGCUUGGCCAGGCUGUGUGGCGUGUUUGACCAGCUGCCGGAGAGGGAGGGUGUCCGGGUCCGUCGUCCUGACCCGACUGGCGAGAGGCGGAGCAGCGGGAAUGGAACCGUCAACGGCGGGGAUUCAGCAGCACCGGUCGAGGGAACCGCGGACGGACCAGCCCCGGGAAGCGGAACUGGGAAGGCCGGUCGCGGCGCCGCUACCCGUGCAGUGUACGAACACAAAGACGCCAAAAGGGUGCUCUUGGGCAUGCGUGCUCGCGAGGGCGGCGGCGGCGACGGCACCGUCGCCUACUACAUCAUGCAAGAAGGGGAGGUCAAGCCCCGACAGAACGGAUGAAAAACCCGCCGACAGAGGCAACCGCCAUUACACCGUCCAGUACAAUCCCACGGGCGACCAGCAGCAGAUCCGGAGACCCUUUCCCCAGCGCCUUAAACAAAACUGCCGGCAAGAAAGGCAAAGCUACCAAAAUCCUCCGUCGUUCAUCUUGGGCUUCCAAAUGAUACGGUUCGGAGCUGAGCGGACAGCAGAGUCCAGCCUGGAGCAGGAAGCCAAGUCGCCGUGUCUAGCGCGCAGACAAGCCAACAGGCGGCUUUCGAGGGCUCUAUACGAGGUUCCGGCCGUCGGUGUCGUGCACGACGAAAUCACCAUUCGGCUUGCAGGUGUUGGGAGACACGAGGCCAUUUGCGAGUUGCGACGCACACAGCGCCAUGUGCCCUCGUAUGCUUCCGACGACCACCCGCCACGUGCACGGUGGACCGCGCACGCAGCGACAUGCCUAGCACCACCACGGCACGGCUGUCUUGCCCCGAUGUGGAUGUGGCGUUGAGGAUGCACAUGUUCCGAUACCCUAGCUG